AUGGAGCCUCAGGGACGUGAAUCCCGCCGCCUGUACUCAUUCCAACGCAACGCCGUCGUCCUCGCCAGCUUCACUCACAAGUACGUCGCCUACUUGCUGCCGGCACUCCUCAGUGUGGGCGCAGUUGGGACCUGUAGAGAGAGAGAAGACGGAGCAGCGAUGGAGAACAUGGUGAGAUUCAUGGUGGACAUGGCGCUGGCCGUCUCUGCUAAUGGAUUCGCAUGGAGCCGCGCUUUGAAACGGAAGCUCGAGCGAGGAGCCAACGUGAAGAAGCUCUGCAACGUUAACGAAAGCUUCCUCAUCUCAUCUACUGAUAUCCUCUCCCCCUAUGGAGAGAUGAAUGGACUUAACGUGGUGAUGAUGUUCAACGAGAUGAGGAUACUGUCGGCCAUCCCCAGGCCAUUGGCUCCCGUAGGUUAUCGAGCGAGCGCCAAACCCAAGAAGGUAGCCGCGCGCAAAGUAGCCAGGGCGAGGAGAUGUGGCUCUGUGAGAGCUCUCUACGGAGAGGACGAGGAUCUGCGCCACUGCGUAAGGACCCUGAGGAGGAUUCUGCCGGGGGGGAAGAGGAUGGGCGUCUGCGAACUGAUAUGCGAGGUCGAGAGCUACGUCACUUGCCUCGAGUUGCAGGUUGGCAUUCUCCAAUCUCUUGUUGGGCCCCGUUAA